CUCUCAAGUCCAAGUCCUAUGGCCCAACAUUUUUCGAACAAAGCAUGCGUCCUCGUAGGACCCGAAAUGAUCGAGUUCACGGACGUCCCGGUUCCUCCUUUAGGGCGAGAGGAUGUCCUGGUGAGGGUGGAGGCCUCAGGUAUUUGCGGGACAGACAUCACCAUCUACAAAAAUUUCGGCCUACCUCAAAAGGCGUUGACAAAACCAUUGGUGAUGGGCCACGAAGCCGCUGGGGUCGUCGCACGAGUAGGAGAGGCAGUGAUGAAUGUCGCUGUCGGCGAUCGGGUAGCUAUUGAGCCGUUCUUCUUUUGCAAGAAGUGCCACAACUGUAAGACAGGAAGAACGAAUCUGUGUAAAACGCCUAGGCAAGCAGGGUUUGGAGACGUACCAGGGCUAUUGUCGCAGUACUACGUCUGCGAUGCAGACUUUGUCGUCAAGUUUCCAGAUAGUCUUUCAUGGGAGGAAGCUGGCUGUAUCCAACCACUGGCCGUAGCAGUACAGCUUGCGAAACGAGCCAAGUUUGCCGCCGGACAGACCAUUGCUAUUUUCGGAUGCGGUCCCCUCGGUUCUCUAGUGAUGGCCGUCGCUCGCGCAUAUGGCGUAUCGAAGAUCCUCGCAUUCGGGAGGUCCCAGGAGCGCGUUGACUUCGCCAGAAAAUCAUGGGCAGACUAUGCUGCAGUGUCGCCCCCUCUUGACGAGGGACAGGACGUCACUGACUGGGCGGAGGCUUUCAAGACGACGACCAUGAACGAGGCGGGGGUCGAAUCUUGCGGUGUCGAUAUCGCGGUAGAGGCUACUUCUGCAGAGGCAUACAUGCAUGCAGGGAUGGCGUUCCUGCGCCCAGGGGGGACUUACGUCCAAGCUGGAAUUGGGCAGCCCGUCAAUUCGUUCCCUACGUUCACGAUAGUGGCUAAGGAGCUCGACGUCAUAGGGACUGUGCGGUACACGGCGGGUUGUUUUCAAACUGCUGUCGACUUGUUGGCAAGCGGGAAGAUCGACUUGAAGCCUAUGAUCACGGCAGUGUUUCCCUUGUCCAAGGUGGCGGAAGCAUUGAAGUAUGCGAUGAAAAGGGAGGGUUUGAAGGUCAUUCUUAUGAACCAGCAAAUAUAA